AUGACAGGUCAUAGGCUGAGGUCAGCUGGUAGCACCGGAGGGAAUGGGGGGCGAAGGAGGGCGUGGGGUGGGGAGGUGGAGGAGGUGCGGGCAGAUAAGAUGUGCAUGGAUAAGGGAGGGCUGCUGGGAGGGGAGGGAGGUGGUGUGGGGAGCGAGGAGAGGGACGGAGGGGAAGAAGAGGAGGAAGAGGAAGAGGAAGAGGAAGAGGAGUAUGAAGAGGAUGAAGCGGAGGAGGAAGAGGAGGAGUAUGAGGAAAUGAAGGAAGCAGAUGAGGAGGAAGAGUUGCUGACUUGGAAAGAUGCUCAGGGUAACGGAAGAGUUGGUAACGGCACGUAUGUGAGUCAAGGGCAGUACGGCGAAGCAGAGGAGAUGGCACGCUGUUUGAUGGCAGGUGCUGAGAAGGGCGAGGGUGAGGUGGACGAUGGCAGGGAGGGAGACGUGCAGCACAACCCUGGGCAGCGGAGGAGAGGGUAUGGCGGCCAGGAGCUGGGGCAUGAGGGUGGAGGGAGAGGCGGCCUUGGUGCUGCAGACCUUUCUCACACCUUCCGCUUCUCCCUUCUUCCACCUCUCGCUCCCCGUCCCCACGGCGUCCCCCUCAGUGUGUCAGCAGUGGCAACACUGGCACGCCACACAGCAGCCUCCCCAGCACACGCCACCCUGCCAUCGCCAUCACCCUCCCCCUCCUCCCGCGCCCUGCCUCCCACCGGCCCCCCUGUGGAGGCACUCUUCCCCUGGGUGGCGCACUUGAAGCCGCUGCUGCCUGCGCCCGCCCUCACUGCUGCAGUGGCCGUGGCAGCAUCAGAGGCAGCAGCUGCUGUGAAGGGAGAUGGGAGAAAGUUACAGGUUUGUGCUUCUCCCCCUACCCUUGCCCGCUCAAGCAUCUCACUCUCUCCCAGCUCUUGGCUAGUCAGCAUUGGCCUUGUCGUGCCGAUGCCAUCUCCUCAUCUUCCCCAGUUUUCAACGCGCCCCAUAACUCUCGGUGUCGUGCCCUAG